AUGGGCAUCCAGUGUAUUGAAUGUACGAUUCUAUCGAGGAAUAAACUGCGAUUCAGACCAUCACUUGAUGAAGGCAACAUAUUGGUGCAGAAUCUCCUCAGUGCACCAAUCGGGAAUCAGGCGAGCAAAAUCUUCGCAGCUGAUCAACUUCUGAGCGAUGCUACGGCGCAGACAAAGAUAUUAAGUGCUGAAAAUAGAUUAGAACCAAAUAAAAAUAAAACAAUAAUCAUGAGCGGUAGGCAACGAAGCGAUGUGUGGAGCUAUUUUUCACAAAAAGAAAACGUAAAAGCAGUUUGUAAUAUCUGCAAAGCUGAAAUUUCGUUUAAGAGUACAAUAACUAAUUUAAAAAGCCACCUGAAAAGGAAGCACGUAGGCGUUUAUACAGAACUUGUUUCCAAAAAUUGUGCAAAUGAUAAUUCGCAGAAUAGCAGCGGAUCAGUAAUACCUCUUGAGUCUGAAACAGCCACCAUUAACACCGAAAGCGCAGAAACGAUUCCUCAGCCAAAUGUAUCCGUACGGAAGACAAUUUCAACAACAAUGAUACCUGCCCUGUAUCAAAGUUGUGUUGAAAAUGUUCGAGAUUUGGUGUCACGCGAGGCAAUAUCUGUUUGUUUGACGACAGACUGCUGGACAUCUGCCAACAAUGAGAAUUAUAUGGCAACAACCGCUCAUUUCAUAACUGAAGGGUUUACUUUUAAGACUGUAUUAUUGAAAUGCUCUUAUUUAAGUGGGAGUCAUACGGCCGUUCAUCUCGCGGAGGAGAUAAAAAAUAUAAUAUUGGAAUGGAAUUUAGAGGGAAAGGUAAAUUAUGCUAUUUCGGAUAAUGCAACAAAUAUUACAAAAGCGUUAGCUGAUAUAUUGAGUUUGAAGCAUUAUGGCUGCUAUACCCAUAGCCUUAAUUUAAUUGUUCAACGAGCUCUUAAGGAACUGGAGCCAACACUAGAAAAAAUUAAAAAAAUUGUAACGUGUUUCUCAACCAAAACGUUUGAUUCAGGAUGUGAGUACGAGGUGGAAUUCUACCUUUAUAUGCUACGUCGGUUCAUAGAGCUAGAGAAGGCAAUACGAGCGACUAUAGCUUUAGUUGACAGGAAUUUGCCCGUUCUCCCAGGAGAGGAAUGGAAGACCUGCAAGGAAGUGUGCAACAUAUUGAGCCCAUUCGAAGAAAUGACCAAUUCGAUGAGUGGCGAAAAAUACAUGACAGGAAGCGCCGCAAUUGUGGUCACCCGGUGUCUUAAAGGUGUUUGCGAAUGGUUUGCCCGAAAUUCUACCUUCUCUGCAGCGACAGAAAAAGUUGUCAGCUCAUUACGUCGGGGAUUGACUGAUCGAUUUGGAAAUAUAGAAAAAAUUAUCCCGCUGGCGAUUUGCACCCUUCUAGAUCCCAGAUAUAAGCAUCAUGUUUUUCAAGAUGAUUCUGCACUUUCCGCGGCUAAAACUUUUUUGGAGAACUUAACAAUAGAAAUGAUCGAAAAAAACACAAGUGAGCAACAUAGUGGCGGAUCGUGCACUUCUAGAUCCUCUGUUACCAUUCCUUUCCGAAAUGAACCAAGUGCUUGGGGCAUUUUAGAUGAAAUUAUGGGCGAUAAGCAACCACAAACAUCUCCAAUAUCACGAGCGAAAAAAGAGAUCGAGAGUUAUUUUCAAAAUGACGUUCUCCCACGUCGGGAUGACGACGGAAAUAGCAGUAAUGUUUUAAAUUGGUGGAAAACAUUCCGGCAUAUUUACCCCAAUUUAGUCAAAAUAUUUCGUAUUAACUGCAAUAUCGUGGCAACCUCCGUUUCUUGUGAACGUAUAUUUUCAAAAGUUGGUAACCUUAUUAGUGAAAAACGUACCAGGCUAUCAUCUGAGAAAGUUGAGUUAAUUUUGUUUUUGAAUGCAAAUUUGGAGUCCUCAGAUCAAUGA